AGAUGGUCAAUCAAAAGAAAUCAAGACUAUCAACUACAUCGAAGAAAAACUUAUCAGGCUCCAAGUAUCAUCCAUCAACUACCUUCAACCUCAAAAACUAAACCAACACAGAGUGUUCGAACAAGGAACUGAUAAGGUCAGCAACUUAUCGAUCGAUCGAAGGCAAACAGUUCCAACAUCACCAAAACUAACAUCAACACCGUCAUCAUCAUCACCAAAACCACUUCACUGACACCGCUUGACCUUGACCAUCAAACCAAAUUCAUAUUUCAACAUUAAGAACUAAAAUAGAAAUCAAGACCAAGUCUUCCCCGUAUCGAUCCACAUAUUAUCAACCCCCUUCUCAAUCCAAGCAGUUCAACUAUCACCAACUGUUUGUCUUGUGCACUCAACUUGGUUGGACGCAUCCACACAAUCAUCUCAUUCAUAGAUCAUGGACCCACUCGAAGGACCGUCGACGAUCGUACAAGAUUCAAUGGCUUCUCCAACUCUAGAGGUCGAAACAGUCUCAGUAGACGAUCCCGAAGCUUUUGCGGCUAAGCAUUUGACCGAACUUGGCUAUCCGGUUGAGGACUUCAAGAAACAUAGCUGGAAGAUACCAAACUAUCGGAAGCUACCUAAACGAACCACCAGUGAAACUUUCACAGCCGGUGGUCAUGAGUGGAACAUACUUCUCUUUCCACAAGGUAAUUCGAACGGCCAGGCAAAUGAUAUGGUGUCAAUUUAUCUCAACUAUGGUGAUCCCAAAAAACAGCCCGAGGGAUGGCACGUCUGUGCGCAGUUUGCAUUGGCCAUCUCAAAUCCUCAUGAUGGCACCUGUUAUAUCCAAUCUCAGGCACAGCAUAGAUUCACUAAUGAAGAACAAGAUUGGGGAUUCACGAGAUUUGUUGAGCUUCGCAAAUUGUUUGGUCCUGCGGAUUCUCGGGUGAAGCCAAUCAUUGAAAACGACGAGACUGUGAUCACUGCCUAUGUCAGGGUACUCAAAGAUGAGACGGGUGUGCUGUGGCAUAACUUUAUCAACUACGAUUCGAAGAAAGAGACUGGCUACGUGGGGUUGAAAAAUCAAGGCGCCACAUGUUAUAUGAACUCUUUGCUUCAGUCCCUUUUCCUGACAAAUUACUUCCGAAAGGCAGUGUAUCAAAUUCCUACCGAAAAUGACGGUGUAGACUCGGUUCCUCUGGCCCUCCAACGAGUCUUUUAUCAACUUCAAACUUCAGAUCAGCCUGUUGGUACAACAGAGUUGACGAGAUCGUUCGGUUGGAAAUCUCUUGACGCGUUUUUGCAGCAUGAUGUACAAGAAUUUUCACGUGUUUUACAAGAUAAACUUGAGAGCAAGAUGAAGGGUACCCCAGCAGACGGAGCAAUCCAACAUCUCUUUGCUGGAAAGUACAAAACUUACCUUAAGUGUAUCAAUGUCGAUUAUGAAAGUAGCAGGGAGGAAAGCUUUUUAGAUAUUCAGCUCGAUAUUAAAGAUCUGCAAGGUCGACCAUUCAAGAAUCUGCAGGAAUCAUUCGAAGCCUACGUGACACCUGAGAUGAUGGACGGCGAUAAUAAAUAUCACGCAGGUGACGAUUUUGGACUUCAAGAUGCAAAGAAAGGAACGAUCUUCAUGGAAUUCCCACCCGUGCUUCACUUACAUCUCAAGCGCUUCGAGUAUGACUUCCAGCGUGACUUACAAGUCAAAAUUAAUGAUCGACACGAGUUCCCCUUACAACUGGACCUAGCACCUUAUCUCGACGACUCGGCAGACAAGACUAACAACUGGCGAUAUCGCUUACACGGGGUUCUGGUCCAUUCAGGAGAUGUCCAUGGCGGGCAUUACUUUGUACUCAUCAAACCUCAUCCCGAAUCAAAAUGGUAUAAAUUUGACGAUGAUCGAGUAACACCGGUGACUGACAAGGAAGUCCUUGAAGAUAACUUUGGUGGCGAACAGUUCAUCAAUGGUACCCCGGUAGUGAACGGAGGCGGGAAAAAUGGUGGAAAAGGUACUGGAGUCAAAAGAUUCACCAACGCUUACAUGUUGGUCUAUGUGAGAGAAUCGGCUGCUGCUGAUAUACUGGCACCUAUCAGCCAAGCCGAUACACCAACACACUUAAAAUCAAGGCUCGAGAAAGAGCAGCGAGAACAGGACAAGAAGAAGCGAGAAAAGGAGGAGAUGCAUCUUUAUUUGACUGUCAAAAUCAUCACAGAUGAAACCUUCCGAGCCCAUGAGGGAUUCGACUUGGCAUUAUUUGAUGACCGGACCAUGCCACCAUCUGAGCUUCCUACGUUCAGAGUCGCCAAACAACAACCUUUCCUAGAUUUCAAAUCGAAACUUGCACAAGAUCUUGGAUACCAGCCUCAUCAGAUUCGACUGUGGGUCUUGGUGAAUCGUCAAAACAAGACUGUAAGACCUGAUACAGUGGUGUCAGAGAGCGAUCCGACAUUGACUAUGGAAGUAGUUCGAGACAAGAUGGCAUCCAAGGCACACGACUUGAAAUUAUAUCUAGAAGUUCUUGACCCGACUCCAGACGGUUUGACUCCAUCUGAUCCCAAAGAUUCGCCCCUGAUGAUUUUUGUCAAGUAUUUCGAUGUCACGGGUCAAACUCUGGCAGGUGUUGGGCAUUUCUAUGUUUAUCGAAAUCAAAAAGUGGGGGAUGUCAUUCCAGCCAUAAAUAGGAGGAUGAACUUUCCCGAAAAUACACCAUUGAAGCUUUAUGAGGAAAUCAAACCGGGGAUGAUUGAUCCGAUGAAACCCAAGGCCACGUUUCUUCAGAGUGAGAUUCAAGAUGGAGACAUAAUUUGUUUUCAAAUCGAGCUCUCGGACAAAGAGCAUUUGGACCUUGAGAAACAGCAACACUACGUCAACCCCCCUCAAUUCUACGAUUUCUUCACAAAUCGAGUAUUGGUUCAAUUCAAACCUCGAUACGAUGAUAUGACAUCAAGUGCCGAGUUUGAUCUGCUGUUGUCAAAGAAAAUGACGUACGAUGUGAUGGCAUCAAGGGUCGGGGAAAAAUUGAAUCAUGAUCCAAUGAAGUUGAGGUUUACCAACAGUCAUCAAGGCAAUCCCAAGACAGUAAUUAGACGAGCGUCUGCACAAGGCACGGUGGCCGAUAUGAUUCAAAGCUCUUACACCAAUGCACCUAGCAAUGUAUUGUUCUAUGAGUUGUUGGAGAUGAGUAUUGCAGAGAUUGAGACUAAGCGGAACGUUAAAGUUACAUGGACUGGCGCGCACAAUCGUGAUGAGGGGCAACAUUCAUUCUUGAUGCCCAAGACAUCAUCCAUGCAUGACGUAGCUGACAAACUAUCAACGCUAGUCAAGUUUUCAGAAAAUUCAACUGGCAAGAUUAAAUUAUUCACAAUUCAUGAAGGUCGGAUCCAGAAGAUCUUUGCAGGGGGUGAGAUCCUUAGAGAUGUGAACGAUGUGGAGGAUAUUUAUGCAGAAGAAGUUCAAAUAGAAGAAAUCGUUGGUAAUGAAGAUAAUGGCAAUGGACUUACGGACAGUGGUGGUGCGGGUAAUGGGGGUGGCAAGUUGAUUGAUGUUUAUCAUUUCCAAAAAGAACAAACUCGUCACCAUGGGAUCCCCUUCAAAUUUUUAAUCAAACCUGGAGAGAUCUUUACCGAUACGAAAGAAAGAUUAAGGAUCAGAUUAGGAAUCAAUGAAAAAGAGAUCAACAAGAUGAAAUUUUCGAUUGCACAAUUUAACACGUAUACGAAACCUAGUUAUAUCUUGGACAGUGAUGUAAUCUUUGAUCAUAAAUGGUCUAAAGGAGAUUUACUUGGUAUAGAUCAUUUAGAUAGGAGUAGAAAAGCAGUCGGAUUAGAGAAGGCAGUUUAUAUUAAAUAAUUCGUUUUCUUUUGAUGAUUGUUUUCAUUUUGAUUUGAUUCUUCCUGAUGUCUACUCUCUCUGUCUUCUAUCUGAAUGCUCUUCUCCGUUUAUUUUAUGUGAUUUGGUUUGAUUGUCUCACUUGAUGCGAAACUUUUCUUUAUUCUUUUUUUUGUGAUUGUUGUGUAUCUUCAAAAAGAAAAAAAAGUAACUUUUUUUUAUUGUUU